AUUAAUAUUUCAGUAUCAGCUGCACACGGGCAUUGGCUACACUGCAGCACACUUCAUCAAUAAGAGCCAGCGAGGGCUGUGAGGUUUGCCACACUGCCUUCAUCCAGCGGAGGAGCGAGAGCAAAGGCAGAGCCUGGCAGGGAAACAGAGUAUCUGCCGAGGGUAAGGCUGCAGCUCGCAGUGCCAGCCUUGAGGUGCUUUUUGCUGCUCUCCCCUAUUCAGAUCAUCCCAGAUAAUACCUUAACAAGCAACCAGAAUGGAUGUCUUUAAGAAAGGUUUCUCCAUCGCUAAAGAAGGUGUGGUGGCUGCUGCAGAAAAGACCAAGCAGGGAGUGACAGAGGCUGCGGAGAAGACUAAAGAAGGGGUAAUGUAUGUAGGCACCAAAACCAAGGAAGGCGUGGUGCAAAGUGUGACCUCAGUUGCUGAGAAGACCAAGGAGCAGGCCAAUGUGGUGGGAGAGGCUGUAGUAGCCAGCGUGAAUACAGUGGCAAACAAGACUGUAGAAGGAGCAGAGACCAUCGUGGCCACUACAGGAGUUGUAAAAAAGGAGGACCUGGCAGCGCCACAGCCUCCGGAGCAGCCCCGGGUGGCCGGAGAGGGGGCCCCGGCGCCGGGCACAGGCGGUGCAGAGGGUGAAACUGAAGGCGAUCCAUCAAGUUAGGGAGUCCCAGCUCAAAAGAGACCAUUCCAAGAGCAUAUGUGGAAAUAUUAGCUGACACUACAACAGGAAAAUCCCACUGUCCAUAGACUAACUACAUUCAGCUUUGUAGUCCUUCACUUGCCUCAAAAACAGUUGUACAAUAUACGUAAACCAGACUCCUCUGUAAGUAAAGUGCAGGUGUGUACCGGGGUGUGUCCUUCCCCACCUUCCUCCUGCCUUCCCAACCCACUUGCUUUGCAUCUUUUGGUUGGGCUCACUGGUCUGUGUCUCUCGUCCAUCAGCACUGGCACUUGGGAUCUCUAGGUAUUGUGGAAAUAUUUUUUUUUUUAACUAAUAAAAAAGUGUUUGAACAC